CUAAAAAUGUAAACAGUGAGCACCAUUACUUGUCCGGUUGUUGAUUCGAUCGCCACAUGGUGACGAAUGGUAACAAAACAUGGAAACGACGUCUCUUCAAAAACCGACUGCUCAAAGGACAAGGAAAGAAGUGAUACAAAUGGAGGAUCCAAGUAUAAGGUUAGAUGGCAUCGUAAAACAAUGCGUGCAAUCAACUGAUCAUGUUAAACUGGUGGGGGAGAAAGGCGAGGCGGCCUUGGUAGCCAGUUUCAAUGUCUUGAAACGCCUAAAGCACGAUGGCUGCGACUUGAUCGGAAGUGUUGAAUCGAGUUCGGCGGUUCGAAUCGGACGUCGAUUGAGCCAGCGACGAGCCACUGAGACCGAAAGUACAGCAUUGUCGGAGGCCUGUUCAAGUCAUGUGGAUAACAUCAACGUCAAAUUGCAGGCCACUUGGACUGAAGCUUUCAAAAACACGGCUCCUCAUCAACUGACAGCCGAUAUCAACGAAAUUCAAGGAAUGAGUGAUGACGUACUACAAACCCAGCAAGUACUGAUUGACCGUCUACGCGAAGAAGUGAAUCAUGCCGAUAAGACUAUCCAGCUGGAGAUUGAACGUCAGACGGAAGAUCUCAGUGUCAUGCGGAAAAGGAUGAAGGACCAUUUAGAUGCAACUCGGGCCACCCAGCGCUGCCAACUAGGAGAAAUUGAUGCGAGUUAUUCCAAUUGGUGACACUAACGUGCAAAUUCACAUCUACUUCUUGUUUAUCGUCGCAGUUGGCGUUCGGGAAGGAUUUCAAUUAUUUGCUGGAAGACCACACAAAGCUUAUGGACGAAAUGCUGGCUGAUUGGUCUAACUCGGAGAAUCAAAUCAUUCGAGAACUAAACGAACUUGGGAGCCAGUGGAUGGACGAUUUGUAUCAAACAGACGUUUACUACUACAACGAAUGUAGCCAGAUCCGCAAUUCACUCACGUCCGACAUUCAACUGAUUGAGCAAGAACUGGAAAAACUCAAAGUCGAUUUCGCUCUCAACAACGAAGUGUUGGACUACAACUGCCGUGUGCUCAAGCUGAGGGAAGAAGAACGUGCAGGAGUUAUCGUUCACCACAAACGCAAAAUCAACCGAUUGACCGAUCGUUAUCGGCAAUUGAAGGAGGAGAGCAACAAGGCCGGCCAGAUACGCAGAGAAGAGGAACUCAAAUUGAUCAAAGAAAUUGAGCAUUUACGUAAAGAUUGCGAAUCGAUGGAGUGCAAGUUUUCCACCAUUAAAGGCGCCAAUGAUCGUCAACUCGAAUCUGUUUGUGAAAUGGCCGAAGAUAGAAUCAGCGAACUUCUCAAAAAGCUGGCCAGCAUAGACGAACGUAUUUUUGUCGAGAUUCUGGAACAACCUUGGGACAAUCUUGUGGGCGUGUCACGUCAUAUUCAACCAAAAGCAUCCACGCUGGAUCCCAAACAACUGGAACAAGUGGUGAUCCGUCUCGAUAAGAAUCUCCAGUUCUUGACGAUUACAAUUCCGGAAGCGAACAGUCCCAAAGAGCGGCUAAUGAAAGCGUUAGACAUUCCGGACGAACACGAAUUCCAUGUCCUGUUGACUGUCAUGCAUGCAGUGCCUGAUUCUGAUAUCUUAAAAGAAUUGGCUUGCUACAUCCAACAGCAACGAUCACGGCCAGCUGAUCAACCAAUAACAACAAGGCGUUACUUGGCUGACGCUGCAACUAUCCGCAAUCAUUUCGAACUGUUCAAAGAGACGGCCGUCCCUAAAAAGCGUCUCGACAUGUGGAAAAUGUUGGCCCGCGCUCUCGUCCAGUACGAACGCAUCCUUCGCGAUCGAUUGACGCUGGCGGCCGAUGUCCUAGCAAUGAGCACACAAUCUACUGCACUUGAUUAGCAAAAAUUGAUAUGAAUAUUAAAAAAGCGCAAAAAUACGAAAUGUUUGGAUACAAUGGUUGCAUUCAAUAAAAC